AUGGUGACUGUGAAUCUUUCUGACACGUCCCCCUAUUUAUGGAUAGUUCAAAGAAAAGAGGUCAUUUGUGUGAAUUGUGUUUUCCAAAAAAUGAAAAUCUCUUUAUCUUGCCUGUAAGUACCGUAUUUUACGCCCCAUAGGACGCACCGCCCCAUAGGACGCACCUAGAUUUGGGGGGGGGGGGAUAUAAAGGAAAAAAAUUGUAUUUCCCCCCCAGGUGCGGGGCUGGCGCGGGGGAAACCCGAGCUUCCCCCGACCCCAGCCCCCAGAACAGGCUGCUGCCAUAAGACGCACACACAUUUCCCCUUCAUUUUUGGAGGGGAAAAAGUGCGUCCUAUGGGGUGAAAAAUACGGUAUAUCUCUUCUUCUUUCCGCAGUCUGUUUCUUUUGCUAUCCCUUAAGAUUUAGAAGGGACAUGGGUGGCACUGUGGGUUAAACCACAGAGCCUAGGACUUGCCGAUCAGAAGGUCAGUGGUUCGAAUCCCCGUGGGGUGAGCUCCCAUUGCUUGGUCCCUGCUCCUGCCAACCUAGCAGUUCGAAAGCACGUCCAAGUGCAAGUAGAUAAAUAGGUACCGCUCCGGCGGGAAGGUAAACAGUGUUUCCGCGCACUGCUCUGGUUCACCAGAAGUGGCUUACUCAUGCUGGCCACAUGACCCGGAAGCUGUACACCGGCUCCCUCGGCCAAUAAAGCAAGAUGAGCGCCGCAACCCCGAGUCAGCCACGACUGGGCCUAAUGCUCAGGGGUCCCUUUACCUUUAAGAUUUAGAAACAUAGGGAACCAGGUCAUGAUUAGAUUAAUUUUUAAAGAUUGUCCUUAGGGCCCCCUUAGCUGCUUUGAGGGAAAUGGCUUGCCUUCCCCCUUGUGGUCAUCAUCACAAGAAGGGCAUCUCCCAGUUUUGGAGGGUCCUUUGACAAGAUGCCCUCCUCAGUGGGUUAAACAGCUUGCUGUUUUCUCCAAUAGAGGUUUCUGAAAGUAGGCUUAGCUGCCCGGUUCCCCAAAUUUAGCACAGAGAUAUAGAGUAUCAAGAAAGUAUCUAGAACCCAUUUCUUUAUCAGUUUCCCUUUUCUUCCCUAGAUUACAAAGUCUGAGAAGGCUCCAUGGGCUGCUGGUCUCCUGCUGUCUCAAGCUGAAGAUACACCCACUGGUCUGUGAGGAGGAUGAAUGGAAGUCUAUGUGAUGAAAGGUGGAAUUGAUGAAAAUCAGAAGAAUCUUUGUCAGACCAUGCGACCAGGGGGUGGAUGCCACCGAUGACAACAUGAAUGGUGAGUGCUGAUCUUUGUUCAUCAGGAACAGGAAGGCCAGAGAGAAUCUGGGUCACUGAGGGGGGGCGGGAGGGGAGAAAGCUUCCUGAUUCAAGAAGAGUUUGGGGAUGGCAUGAGGACUUUGGGAAGAGCAACUACUGUAUUUUUCGCUCUAUAAGACGCACCAGACCACAAGACGCACCUAGUUUUUGGAGGAGGAAAACAAGAAAAAAAAUAUUCUGAAUCUCAGAAGCCAGACCAGCAAGAGGGAUUGCUGCGCAGUGAAAGCAGCAAUCCCUCUUGCUGUUCUGGCUUCUGGGAUAGCUGCGCAGGCGGCAUUCGCUCCAUAAGACGCACACACAUUUCCCCUUACUUUUUAGGAGGGAAAAAGUGAGUCUUAUAGAGCAAAAAAUACGGUAUUUGCUCUCCAAUAGAGGUUUCUGAAACCAAGUUUAGCUGUUAGAUAGAGAAUCAAGAAAGAAUCUAGAACCCAUUUUCUGAUUACUUUCCCUCUUCUUCCCUAGGUUUCAAAGUCUCAGAAGGCUCUGUGGGAUGACAGUCUCCUGCUGUCAUGUCACUAAGAUCCAUCCCCUGGUCUGUGAGGAGGAUGAAUGAGAUGAAGAGGUGAACGUAAUAAAAAAUGGGAAGGUGGAGAAAGUGAAAAUAAGAAGAAUAUUUGUCAGACCAUGAGAUCAGGGGUUGGAAGCCACCGAUACCAACAUGGAUGGUGAGUGCUGAUCUUUGUUCACGAGGAACAGGGAGGCCAGGGUUAAUCUGGAUUACUGUGGGGAGGGGGGAGGCAGCUCCCUGAUUCAAGAAGAAUUCAGGGAUGGGGUGAAGAAGGGAGGAAGGGAGAAUAACGUAAGCCACCUGGAGAUCCUUGCAGGAAAGAUGGGUUAUCAACAUAAUAAUAAAUGUAAAUAUUAAGAAUCGUUUCUCUUCUUUUCUCUUCCAGGCAGCGACAGCAGUGAGGCCAGCAGCUCUCUCCCUGCCUUUGCCCAGUUCCCCUUCCCCAGAAAUCCAGAUAGAAAAAUAAAUUAA